AUUGGAAUUGCCAAUUCUCAGGCAAUUACAGGUUGAUGCUGUGUGGUGUUCAUUAGUGCUGCAUAGAAUUCUUGCUAUGGCUGUUUGGGCUUCUUCCUUCAGGCACUGUGGUACACAUUAUACAUGCUGCGCUGCACUAAUUUGUCUCCAUGGCACAUUGUUGACCCUCAAAGAACAUAAUGCCUAUUCACGAAGCAGGUGAUUUCGGUGUGGUCGCGUGGUGACACCUUCUGAUGCUUGCCAUCCAUCGCGAGAAAUCACAUGUCUUUCGCGCGAAUGCUCCCAGUGACUCCUGCCUUAGUCAUCAUAUGGACGGCCGCUGAUUCGCUCAUGCUUUCACGACGUCAACCUGGAAGCUCACCUGCGCAUUCAACAACGUUAUCUUCCAAGUACUUCGUACAGUCAUGUCUGCAUAACCUCUUCUGCAUUAUCCUCCUCCUCUCUAUCGUUAAACAGACCAACAUGUCUUUAAUAAACUCUGUUCUCGGCUCCCUCUCACCAAAAUUUCGCAGCUCGUUCGAAGAUCCACAUGCACGCGAACAUGAGCUUCCCCAGUACAGAUCUCCAUCGUCGUCACCGCGCAUACCUCCCCCGAUCUCAUCAACUGUCCUUUGGAACGCACGAAGCGAGCGCAUAUCCUCACAACCACGCGUACCAGACGAUCUUCUAGCAAUACAAAGAAGAGCACGUCAUCUUGAACAACAGCUCCAGGAGCUCUUGGAUGCGCAGGCCGAUGGGCUGUUGACUGGCCUAGGCGGCAACGAAUCCGCUCCCGAUGAUUUGGUGUCCAAUGGCAGCACCACGCCGACAGUCAGCAGUGUUCGUGAUCACGAGCGAUCUGCUGAGAACUGGGACAAUAGACAAACCAAUAAUGGCGGCAGAAAGAAGAAGAGGAAGAUCAGCUUGAAUGUUGCAAGGAGAGGUAUCUCGAGACGCAUCCAACAGCUUUCUAGUGUCAAAGAUGAAGAGUUAGACAUAUUGGAUGGGAAUCUGCACGACCUUCAGGUCAUCGUAGAGAGGACCGAGGCUUGGGCGAAGAAGAAGACACGAUUGCAGCGGAGGAUUCGAGACAUAGAAACCGAAAGCAACGGUGACAGGGGCCAGAUGUUACGAAGUGAAGCCUCGAAGCUAGAGCAAGAGAUAAGAAGGAAGGAAGAAGAGCUACGGGUGCUCAAGAGCCGUCACCGUCGGGUUCUGGAUGAAAUCGCCGAGGGCGAGAACUCGCUCGAAGCUCGAAUGUCAUCGUACAAGUCAUCGCUUUCUAUGUUGGAUAAGGACGUGGCUACUUUCCUGGCUCGACCGCCAGUUCCAAACCACGCUCCUCUGUCGAAGUUGCCAUUCUUAUCCCUGCCGCCUAAUCGUCGCACGCUAGAGCUGGCGCACGAAUACUGGCAGGAUGAGCACAAUAGAUUGCUCGAGAAGUGUCAAGAAGUUGACACGGAUCGGGCAGCUUUAGAUGAAGGCGUCGUUCUUUGGGAUGGUGUUGUGAACAAGGUGACUGAGUUUGAGUCUAGCCUCCAAGAUUACAUGCAAUUUGCUGCUGGACGGAAGAAUGAUUCUGACCCUUCCGACCUACUCUCUCGCAUGGGCACCACGACGGCCUGGCUUGAGAAAGAGCUCGAGUCUGCAUCGUCUAAGGGUUGGAACCUCCUGGUCUGCGCAAUUGGCGCCGAGUUGGAGGCUUUUAAGCAGGGCCGAACGCUACUCGAAGCCGCUCUUGGUGUCCAGAGCAACGGGAAAGAAAAGGCCUCAAAACCGUUGGUCGAUGCAGAGGACUCGCACACAGAUAGCGAGGGCGAGGGUUCUUCAUCGGCUAUUCGACUUACUCGCUCCCCGCCCAAGUCGACCAUUACUCCGAAGCCAAAAUUCUUCGAUACUGAUGACGAGGAUCCUGAUCCAGAGCUAAUGAUUUCACAUCAGGACACUGAUACGGACUAGGUACCCACGUUCUGGCGGGACUAUUAUAACAAAAAGAUCGAUAAUUUUGAGUAUUGACCACAGAUCAUGCGCAGCACGGUAAUGGGCAGGUUUCUAUAGCAUAGUUACGAACAAGAAUUGAAAACGUGUUCCGCUUGUAUCGAUCGAUCAGGU